AUGGUCUACGUUGAUGAUCUCCUACUCACGGGUAAUGAUUCUUCGGCCUUGUCUUUGUUUCAAGAGGCUCUUUCUCGUCGGUUUUCUCUCAAGUCACUUGGUUCAGUGAAUUAUUUUCUGGGCAUCGAGGUUAUUCCUACUGCUACUGGUUAUCUCUUAUCUCAGCAGAAGUACAUGGAAGAUGUUCUUCAUCGUUUUCACAUGAUGGAUGCCAAGGCUGCUCCUACGCCUCUGGACUCCUCUGUUUCAUUAUCCCUUCGUGACGGGAGUUCUUCGACUGAUGCUACUCGCUAUCGGCAAGUGCUUGGUGCCCUUCAGUAUUUGACGUUUACACGUCCGGAUAUUGCUUUUGCUGUCAACAAGCUUUCUCAGUUUAUGCACGCUCCCACUUCCGCUCAUUGA